AUGGCAAUCAAAGAGAUCGGAGGAACCCAAUACUACAUGAUCCACUAUAGAAGACGGAAGAAAACCACAGACAUUCGAAUUCCAAUAGGAGAGGAGAAUGGAAGAAUGUUCAAUGGGACUUUGAAGGAGUAUGGAGACAAAUUCAACGUGGAGAUUUCUUCAGAUGCCUGGGAAGCUGAGAAGAAGGACAAAAGGAAGGCUGUGGAUGAUUUGGAGACGAGUUUGGAGAAGAAGGGAGAACUGUGGAGGAGAAUACAUAUGUCUUAUACGAGAGGUCGUUCAAGAGCUCCGGAAGAAAAGCCUGCAUUGGGUAACUCUAUCGGAACAUUGCAAGAUCUUCUGGAUGGUCUAGUCAUUGGCCGAGAAGCCGUCGGACUCUCAAUUCAACCACUCAUGAAGUUAAUGGUCAUCACGAAGAAUUUUCGAUGA